GGGGUUAAGUUUUCUUAAGCUCCGGUCGCGCUCCGUCGGGGGGGGCGCGGGGGUUGGCUGAGAGCGUAGCCGCAUUUCGGUGCUCGAGUCCCGGCCGCUGAGUUGAACGCGCCACCUCGGAGCUUGGGUUUAAACUACCACGGAAAUGGAUUUUUGUGGUUGUAAUGCGAGCGGUUUUAAGAAAUGUGUCCAGAGGUGUGGUGGCAGCGGCGUUAGCCUUAGCUUUAGCUCGCUACGUGCUAGCACGGGCCACCUUUUUUUUUAAGCAGGAAACUGAGCUGAAUUCUUCAUGAGCUUCUCCAAAGCGCGUGGUGCUGGGCACAGCGUUAUGGCUCAGACGCUACAGAUGGCGAUCCCCAACUUUGGCAACAACGUCCUGGAGUGUCUGAACGAGCAGCGUCUGCAGGGUCUCUACUGUGAUGUGUCCGUGGUGGUCAAGGGACACGCCUUCAAGGCCCACCGCGCGGUGCUGGCGGCCAGCUCGUCGUACUUCCGCGACCUGUUCAACGCCGGCGGCAAAAGUUCGGUGGUGGAGCUGCCGGCGGCCGUGCAGCCGCAGAGCUUCCAGCAGAUCUUGGCCUUCUGCUACACGGGCCGCCUGAGCAUGAACGUGGGAGACCAGUUCCUGCUGAUGUACACCGCUGGCUUCUUGCAGAUCCAGCAGAUCAUGGAGAAGGGCACCGAGUUUUUUCUCAAGGUGUCCUCCCCGAGCUGCGACUCGCAGGGUCUCCACAGCGAGGAGGCGGAGCCUCAGAGUCCCGUCACUCAGACGGCGGGAGGGGCGGGCGCUACCCCGCUUGGCACCACGGCCGCCAGACCCGCCGCUUGUUUGACGCCGCUCCCCCUUAUGUCCAAGGUCAAGACGGAGCAGGCGGCCACCGCCCCUCAAUCGCAACAGGUGACACCCCCCCCCCCCCACCCCCCCGGCCGGCCUGGUCCCGCCAUUUCUGCGCGGUUACAUUUGUACCUGAACGAAAACAUUUUUCAGGAGGGCUUCCCCUAUUCGGUGGUCUGCAUCCCGGUGGCCAAGCGACUGUGGGAGGGGGGUAACGGAGGAAGCGCGUCGGCCGGCGCCGCCCAAAGAAAGGCGGCGCGCUACUCUUCCUCCUCGUCCUCCUCCUCCUCCUUCACCUCCAGCGGCGCUACGCAGGAUUCCGCCGGGCGGGGACCCGCCUCUGCAUUACUGGCCGCGGGCGCCGCUAACAACAACAACAACAACAACAAUAAUAGUCAUAACGGAGGAACGCCCGACGGCACGAGUCCCGGCGCGCUCAGCCUGUACACGAGCGACUCGCCCAUCAGCUACCACGACGACGAGGAAGAGGACGAAAUGGCCGAGGAGAGCGCCGAAGAACAGUACAGGCAAAUCUGCAAUAUUUACAGCAUGUACGGCAUGCUCAACGCCAACGCCGCAGUGCCCGGUGAGAAGGUGGAGGCGCUGCCGGACGCGGGCGCCGACUCAGGGCGCCGAGGCGGGCGCCCCCGGCAGGAGCUGGCGUCGCUGCCGUCGGAGCUCAUCAGCCAGAUCGGCAACCGCUGCCAUUCCAAACUCUACGAGGAGGGCGACCCGGCGGAGAAGCUGGAGCUGGUGAGCGGCACGGCCGUGUUCAUCUCGCGGGCGCAGCUGAUGAACUGCCAUGUCAGCGCCGGCACGCGACACAAGGUUCUGCUCAGGCGCCUGCUGGCCGCCUUCUUUGACAGGAGCACCCUGGCUAACAGUUGCGGCACGGGCAUCCGCUCGUCCACCAACGACCCGAGUCGCAAGCCGCUGGACAACCGAGUGCUGCACGCCGUCAAAUUCUACUGCCAGAACUUUGCGCCCAGCUUCCGGGAGAGCGAGAUGAACGCCAUCGCCGCCGACAUGUGCACCAACGCCCGCCGCGUGGUGCGCAAAAGCUGGAUCCCCAAACUCAAGCUCCUGAUGGCCGACGGCGACGCCUACUCUUCCUUCCUGGCCGACAGCGUCAAGAUGGAGGCCGACGGGCUGGGCGGCGAGCACGGCUUUGAGGCCGCCUCCCUGGAGGCGGCGGCGACCGGGGGGGGGGACGGCGGGGCCGCGCCCGCCGACACCCUCCAGGACGGCGGCGGCGGCGGGGGCGGAGGAGACGGCGGCGCUUUGCUUUGAGUGAGUGAACGGACCGCCGGAUUUUCGGGCGGAGGGCGGGAGGGGGGGCGCGGCUUCCGGUCUUUUGCUUCCUUUUCGAGCGUCACUUCCUUCCGCUUUUUGACGCUCUUCCCAGCCCACAGAACACAGCAUGUACCCGGGACGGGAGGAAGUGGGCUUCUCCCGUCUGCAUGUAGCGCCGACGCGGUUCUCCUCCCGCCAAAAUCGAUCAUGUAUUACCCCCCCCGGCCCCCCUCCCUUCAUCGUGAAUGUACGUGGGUUUCGUGUCGGCUUUGCACCGAAGAACAACUUGAGUUUGUUUACAUUUCCUUCCCAUUUUAUUUUUAUUUUUUUACAUGAUUCUGCUAAAAUUGCAGCAGGAUUUUGCUGUGAGAACUUUGUCAUUGGGAGCACAAUGAAGCUAACGAAGGUUUUUUCUUGAGGGGGGGGGGGCUCAAAGUAGCCCAGACAAAACAGCGAAGGAAUGGCAAUAUUUUUUUUUAUUGUUCAUCUCCCACUAAAAUGGAUCCCGUAUUCCCCUUCAAAGUCACACUGAAUGAACGUUCGACUUGUGGGGAAGGUUUUUUUUUCCUUUAAAAAUCUUACAUUUUGAUUUUUUUUUU